CCUCUUUUCGGCAUAAGAAUGGCGUCGUUGAUAUCAGAUUUGCUCCGUCAAACUGGUGGCACCGCCGUCAUCGACGGCGGUCUGGCGACGGAGCUGGAGCGCCAUGGCGCGGACCUCAACGACCCACUUUGGAGCGCCAAAUGCCUCUUUUCCUCCCCUCAUCUCAUUCGCCAAGUGCACCUCGAUUACCUGGAAAACGGCGCAGACAUUAUAAUCACAGCAUCUUAUCAAGCCACAAUUCAAGGUUUUAAAGCCAAAGGCUUUUCUCAAGAGGAAAGUGAAACUAUGCUCAGAACAAGUGUUGAAAUUGCUCGCGAGGCACGUGAGGUGUACUAUGAAAGAUGUGCUGGAUGCUGUUCGGGUGAUGGUGCCCAAGGUAGAAUCCUCAAAAAACGACCUAUCCUGGUUGCGGCAUCAGUGGGGAGCUAUGGAGCUUAUUUGGCCGAUGGAUCAGAGUACAGUGGGGAUUAUGGUGAUGCUAUCACGGUGGAAACUCUAAAAGAUUUUCAUCGGAGAAGAGUUCAAAUUUUAGCAGAUUCGGGUCCUGACCUACUUGCUUUUGAAACAGUGCCCAAUAAGCUUGAAGCUGAGGCUUAUGCUCAGCUUCUGAAAGAGGAGGACAUAAAGAUUCCAGCGUGGUUUUCUUUUAACUCUAAGGAUGGAGUUAAUGUUGUUAGUGGCGAUUCUUUAAUGGAAUGUGGCUCUAUUGCUGAAUCAUGUAAUAAAGUUGUUGCUGUUGGAAUCAAUUGUACCCCGCCUAGAUUUAUACAUGGUCUGAUAGUUAUGCUUAAGAAGGUGACUACAAAACCAAUUGUUAUAUAUCCGAACAGUGGGGAAACUUAUGAUGCUGACCUAAAGGAGUGGGUGCAAAAUACUGGUGUUACAGAUGAAGAUUUUAUCUCGUAUGUAAAUAAAUGGUGCGAAUUAGGGGCUUCUCUUGUAGGUGGUUGUUGCAGAACUACUCCAGCUACUAUUAGGAAGAUAUACAGGGCACUGUCUAGCAGUCAAUCUGCUACUCUUGCCACAAAGUGAUUGCCCUGUCAUCAGAAUGGAGGGCCAAUGCGCAAAUCAAUCUAAUUUACAUGUCAACAAGGCUGGCGCAGCUGCACUGAAUCAUGUUGCUACUCUGGACCAAGAUUGGACGAUGAAUAUGAUUUGGCUAAUUAGUUUUUAUAAUAUGGUUACUUUUGUUUUUUUCAUCGUAACUUUUUUUCUUCUUUUUUGGUCCCUAUUAAUUGUUUAGCUUCAGAUGUUAGGAUUUCCAGUUUGUGAUAAUGUAUUUAAUAGAGAUUUGAAUUCUACCUAUUUUACCAAAAACAAAAAAGAGGUGUGAUCCUACAAAUUUUUUUUCCAA